AUGUGGUCACAUGACCACUCUUGUCCCUCCGCACGUCCGCCUCUGCAAACAGGCCCUCUAGGAAUUCUAGUUCCUCAUGAACAUCCCGCCAUUCACUCAAUGGAAAAAGUUUGGUUCAUGGAAAUCAAUCUCAUACUUCUUUGUAUUCUGUGUUGCUGCUGCAUAAUCUUCAUAGGGCCCUCUGACUCUCAAACUGAUACUUUAGCACAAGGCCAACAGCUCAAGGAUGGGAUGCAGCUGUUUUCAGCUUCUGGGAUUUUCAGGUUAGGAUUCUUCAAGCCUGGAAAUUCAAAUACUUCUUACUUAGGAAUAUGGUACAACAGAAACAAUGAAAAGGCAGCGUGGAUCGCAAACCGAAACAAUCCGAUUCUUGAAAACUCUGGAGUUCUUACAAUUGAUCAGUAUGGUAACUUGAAAAUUUUAUACAACAUAGGAGAUUCUAUUGAGCUAUAUUCAGUUCAUCAAGAAGCAGUAAAUACUAGUGCUACUCUACUUGACAGUGGCAAUUUUGUGCUCAGUGAGCUGAACCCUGAUGGAUCUAUAAAACAGGAGUUGUGGCGAAGCUUUGAUUAUCCAACUGGCACACUUUUGCCAAAAAUGAAACUGGGGUUUGACAGAAAAACUGGCCUCAAUUGGACUCUAAAUUCAUGGAGAACUGAUAAUUUGCCUGCCAUAGGGUCAUUUACACUUGGUUUGGACCCUACUGGUUUAAAACAAAUGGUCAUAUGGUGGAGAGGAAGCAUCUACUGGACUAGUGGGCCUUGGAACAAUGGGUGCUUCAGCUUCAUGUAUGAGUUUUGCAAUUAUUAUAAGUACAACUUUAGCUACAUAUCAAAUGGGAAUGAAACAUACUUCAGUUAUUCAGUUGAUAAAGGUACCACUAUUUUCCCAAGGCUCAUGCUAAGUGCAGGGGGUGAACUCAGGGGUUUUGGGAUGGAUUCCAUGUUUACAGGAGUUUCAUGUACAUCUUCCACCAACUCUUCCUUGAAAGAUGGGUGUGUUCAGCAGAAGCUUCCCGACUGCAGGAGUCCCAGUGAGAAAUUCGUGUUGAAAAUGGGUCUUAUGUCUCGUGGUGGGAUUAAGUUCCAUGAAAAUGAGAAUCUCACUCUCAUUGAUUGUUGGGAUGAGUGCUUCAAACUUUGUUCCUGUAUUGCUUAUGCUUCUGCAAAUGAUGAUGGCACCGGCUGUGAGAUUUGGACCAAAGGGACAACGUUCACACAAAACAACCUAGGUAUCCUGAGAGAGAUACACAUCCUUGAAUCUAAAGUACGGCUGUGGUGGAUAUGGCUAACCAUUUUGGUAGGAGGAACUGCUCUUUUCCCUCUACUCUGCUCCUGCUGCUAUGUCCUGUGGAAACAAUCCAAAGCAAGAGGUUCUCAGUCGCAAAGAAUGACAUACAAUAUCCUAUUACAUGAACUUGGUGAAGGAAGAAGACAUCAGAAAGAUGGGAAGACAAGCAAUAAUGAGUUGCAGAUGUUCAGUUUUGAAACAGUAGCUCUUGCUACAAACUGUUUCUCAGCAGCAAAUAAGCUAGGGGAGGGUGGUUUUGGACCUGUUUAUAAGGGAAAAUUACUUGAUGGGCAAGAAGUAGCAAUAAAGAGACUUGCAAGAAGCUCAGGACAAGGGCUGGUGGAAUUCAAGAAUGAAGCCAUCCUUGUUGCCAAACUCCAGCACACUAAUCUUGUGAGGCUUCUAGGAUUCUGCAUCCAGGGAGAAGAAAAAAUAUUGAUCUAUGAGUACAUGCCUAACAAAAGCUUAGAUUUCAUCCUCUUUGAUGAUCAGAGAAAGAAUGUGUUAAAUUGGAAGAAACGCUUCAGCGUCAUAGAGGGGAUUGCUCAAGGACUGAUUUAUCUUCAUAAAUAUUCAAGACUAAAAGUGAUUCACAGAGAUUUAAAGGCCAGCAACAUUUUACUUGACAAGGAUCUGAACCCAAAAGUAUCUGAUUUUGGCAUGGCUAGAAUAUUUGGUUUGAAUGAGAUGGAAGAAAACACAAAUAGAGUUGUUGGGACAUACGGUUAUAUGUCUCCGGAGUACGCCAUGAAAGGCAUUGUGUCCAUAAAAACUGAUGUGUUCAGCUUUGGAGUCCUACUGCUAGAGAUUGUGAGUGGGAAGAAAAAUAACAGUAACUAUCAUUUCGAGUAUCAACUCAACCUCAUUGGAUAUGCAUGGCAGCUCUGGAAUGAAGAUAGAGGAUUCGAGCUAGUAGACCCGGUGUUGGGUGAAUCUUGCCCCAUUACUGAAGUACUAAGAUGCAUUCAUGUGGGUCUCUUGUGUGUACAAGAUCAUGCAGCAGACAGGCCAACAAUGCCAGAUGUUGUUUCCAUGCUCUCAAAUGAAAGCUUUCCAUUACCACCACCAAAACAGCCAGCAUAUUUCCUAAAUACAGUUAGGGCAGAGCGAGAGAUGGCUGAAAAUAAGUCUGAAAUCUGCUCCAAAAAUGAUGUAACAAUCUCAGUGAUGGAAGCAAGGUAA